CGGCGGCGGCGGCGGCGGCCCGAGCAUCCCUGCUCAGCCCGAGGAGGAGCACCGCCGGGAGUUCCCUUCCCCUCGGCCAUCUCCUUCACCCUUUCUUUGCUUCAUUUUUGCCAGAGAAUUUCAGCUGGCUUAUUGAUUUCAUUUGAUUUUUGAACAUUUUUCGUUGCUUUUGUGUGUGUGUGUGUGCGUGCGCUUUUUUUUUCCUUCUCCCCCCUUUCCUCGUUUUAUUUGCAUCCAGAGCAUGGCGGGCUGCGGGCUGUCGGAAGACACCUUCUCUUCCUUCUUUUACAACUACGGCUCCUCCUGGGAAAACCCUUCCAGCCAGGUGUUUUGCGAAAAUCAGUGAACUAAUAUUGGUAAAAUUGGAGCCCCAUGGAUGAAGGGUACUUUUGUGCUGCUCUGGUUGGUGAAGACCAGCCUCUCUGCCCAGAUCUUCCUGAACUUGAUCUUUCUGAACUUGAUGUGAAUGACUUGGAUACAGACAGCUUUCUGGGUGGACUGAAGUGGUGCAGCGACCAAUCAGAGAUUAUUUCCAACCAGUACAACAAUGAGCCUUCAAACAUAUUUGAGAAGAUAGAUGAAGAAAAUGAGGCAAACUUGCUAGCAGUUCUCACGGAGACACUGGACAGUCUUCCUGUGGAUGAAGACGGAUUGCCCUCCUUUGAUGCACUGACAGAUGGAGACGUGACCACUGACAACGAGGCCAGUCCUUCCUCCAUGCCUGACGGCACCCCUCCACCACAGGAGGCAGAAGAGCCGUCUCUACUUAAGAAGCUCUUACUGGCACCGGCCAACACUCAACUGAGUUAUAAUGAAUGCAGUGGUCUUAGCACCCAGAACCAUGCAAGCCACAAUCACAGGACCAGAACAAGCCCUGCAGUUGUUAAGACCGAAAAUUCAUGGAGCAGUAAAGCGAAGAGCAUUUGUCAACAGCAAAAGCCACAGAGACGUCCCUGCUCCGAGCUUCUCAAGUAUCUGACCACAAAUGAUGACCCUCCUCACACCAAACCCACAGAAAAUAGGAACAGCAGCAGAGACAAAUGCACCUCAAAAAAGAAGUCCCACACACAAUCACAGUCACAACAUGUACAAGCCAAACCAACAACUUUAUCUCUUCCUCUGACUCCAGAGUCACCAAAUGACCCCAAGGGUUCCCCAUUUGAGAACAAGACUAUUGAACGAACCUUAAGUGUGGAACUCUCUGGAACUGCAGGCCUAACUCCACCCACAACUCCUCCUCACAAAGCCAACCAAGAUAACCCUUUCAGGGCUUCUCCCAAGCUGAAGCCCUCUUGUAAGAGUGUGGUGCCCCCACCAUCAAAGAAGCCCCGGUACAGUGAGUCUUCUGGUGCCCAAGGCAGUCACUCCACCAAGAGAGGGCCUGAGCAGUCUGAGUUGUAUGCCCAGCUCAGUAAGUCCUCAGUGCUCAGCAGGGGACAUGAGGAAAGGAAGACUAAGCGGUCCAGCCUACGACUGUUUGGUGACCAUGACUACUGUCAGUCAAUCAAUUCCAAAUCGGAUGUACUCAUUAAUAUAUCACAGGAGCUCCAAGACUCUAGACAACUAGACUACAAAGAUGCCUCCUGUGACUGGCAGGGGCACAUUUGUUCUUCCACAGAUUCAGACCAGUGCUACCUGAGAGAGACGUUAGAGGCCAGCAAGCAGGUCUCUCCUUGCAGCACCAGGAAACAGCUCCAAGACCAGGAAAUCCGAGCCGAGCUGAACAAGCACUUCGGUCAUCCCAGUCAAGCUGUUUUUGACGACGAAGCAGACAAGACCAGUGAACUGAGGGACAGUGAUUUCAGUAAUGAACAAUUCUCGAAACUACCUGUGUUUAUCAAUUCAGGACUAGCCAUGGAUGGCCUGUUUGAUGACAGUGAAGAUGAAAGUGAUAAACUGAGCUACCCUUGGGAUGGCACGCAAUCCUAUUCGUUGUUCGAUGUGUCGCCUUCUUGCUCUUCUUUUAAUUCUCCGUGUAGAGAUUCAGUGUCACCACCUAAAUCCUUAUUUUCUCAAAGACCCCAAAGGAUGCGCUCUCGUUCAAGGUCCUUUUCUCGACACAGGUCUUGUUCCCGAUCACCAUAUUCCAGGUCAAGAUCAAGGUCCCCAGGCAGUAGAUCCUCCUCAAGGUCCUGCUACUAUUAUGAGUCAAACCACUAUAGACACCGCAUGCACCGAAAUUCUCCCGUGUAUGUGAGAUCACGUUCAAGGUCACCCUACAGCCGUAGGCCCAGGUACGACAGCUAUGAGAGCUAUCAGCACGAAAGGCUGAAGAGGGAAGAAUACCGCCAAGAGCAUGAGAAGCGGGAAUCUGAGAGGGCCAAGCAGCGGGAGAGGCAGAGGCAGAAAGCCAUUGAAGAACGUCGUGUUAUUUAUGUUGGCAAAAUCAGACCUGACACCACACGGACAGAACUGAGGGACCGCUUUGAAGUUUUUGGUGAAAUCGAGGAGUGCACAGUAAAUCUGAGGGAUGAUGGAGACAGCUACGGUUUCAUCACCUACCGUUACACCUGUGAUGCUUUCGCUGCUCUUGAAAAUGGAUACACUUUACGCAGGUCGAAUGAAACUGACUUCGAGCUGUACUUUUGUGGACGCAAGCAAUUUUUCAAGUCUAACUAUGCAGACCUAGAUUCAAACGCAGAUGACUUUGACCCUGCUUCCACCAAGAGCAAGUAUGACUCUCUGGAUUUUGAUAGUUUACUGAAAGAAGCUCAGAGAAGCUUACGCAGGUAACAUGUCCACUGGCUGAGGAUGACAGAGAUGGUGAAUACCUCACGGGACAGCGUGUCCUUUCCCCAACAGACUCUUGCAAGUCAUACUUAGGAGUUUCUCCUACUUUACACUCUCUGUACAAAAACAAAACAACAACAAAACAACAAUACAACAAGAACAAGAACAACAACCAUGGUUUACAUGAACACAGCUGCUGAAGAGGCAAGAGACAGAAUGAUAUUCAGUAAGCACAGGUUGAUUCACGGGUGUCAGCUUGGCUUUCCCUGGAGGCUCUUGGUGACAGAGUGUAUGUGAGGUGUGUGCAUUUGUUUGCGUGUGUGUGUGUGUGUGUGUGUGUGUGUGUGGUCAUGUUUAGGGGAGUAUGUAUGUGGGCGCAUGUAAGGACUGAGGACACCUGACCGAAACAUACAGGGCAAGCACUUCAAAUGCAGCAGCUCCAAGAAGACACACUUACAACCUACAACUUCAAAAUGUUCAUAUUCUAUACAAAAGGAAAAAUAUCUAUCAAUUUCAAAGGAAAGAAAACUCACCAACCACCCUAAGAUGACACUGCUGAUGUCUGCCAUCAGCCUCAGUACUGUCUUUUAAGAAAGUGCAAACCAAUUUGCAGCAAGCUUUCUCUCUUAAUCCAUUGAUUAUGUGACAAUCGGAAGUAAAUGCAGGUUCCAUAGAACUAAUAUCCUGUCUCUUUCUCUCAGUUUCUCUCUCUCUCUCUUUCUCUCUCUCUCUCUUUCUCUUUUCUUUCACCAUGGAAUCUGGGUGGGAGAGGAUCCUGCUAAACUUUCCUAACAUUUUGAAGUUUCUGUAGUCCGUCCUUUGUCCUGACACCCCUGUAAAUGUCCAAAAUGUUGAGCUUCCACUGCAAAUUUUACACAAGCCUUGUCAAUGGUCAUGCGGGCAGCGUGUUCAGCAGUUCUAUCUGAGGAGCGGACACGGUGUUACAUUACCAUGAGAGUUGAAUAGAACUCUAUGGAUGUGUUCAGAUAGUGUGAUUGCUACAUUCUCUGAUGUAGUUAAGUAUUUACAGAUGUUAAAUGGAGUAUUUUUAUUUUAUGUACAUACUAUACAACUAUGUUCUUUUUUGUUACAGCUAUGCACUGUAAAUGCAGCCUUCUUUUCAAAACUGCUAAAUUUUUCUUAAUCAAGAAUAUUCAAAUGUAAUUAUGAGGUGAAACAAUUAUUGUACACUAACAUAUUUAGAAGCUGAACUUACUGCUUAUAUAUAUUUGAUUGUAAAAAAACAAAACAAAACAAACAAAACAAGACAGUGUGUGUGUCCGUUGAGUGCAACUAGAACAAAAUGAUGCUUCACGCAUAUCCAUCCCUUCAUAGGUGAGCUUCCAUCUAAGCAUAUUGUCAAAAAAAGAAAAAAAAUACCUAACCCUCUAAAGGUGUGAACCACUUCUGUGAUAUUUUUCCACAUUUUCUUGUUGCUUGUUUUUCUUUGAAGUUUUAUACACUGGAUUUGUUAGGGGAAUGAAAUUUUCUCAUCUAAAAUUUUUCUAGAAGAUACCAUGAUCUUAUGUAAAGUCUCUCAAUGGGUAACCAUUAAGAAAUGUUUUUAUUUUCUCUAUCAACAGUAGUUUUGAAACUAGAGGUCAAAAAAAUCUUUUUAAAAAUGCUGUUUUGUUUUAAUUUUGUGAUUUUCAUUUGAUACAAAAUGCUGAGGUAACAAUUACAGUAUGAUUUUUACAAUAAUUAGUGUGUGUCUGAAGACUAUCUUUGAAGCCAGUAUCUCUUUCCCUUGGCAGAGUAUGAUGAUGGCAUUUAUCUGUAUUUUUUACAGUUAUGCAUCCUGUAUGAAUACUGAGAUUUCAUUCCUUUGUUUACUAAAGAGACAUAUUUAUCAGUUGCAAAAUAGCCUAUUUAUUAUAAAUUAUAAGAUGAUGAAAAUAAUAAAGCCAGUGGGAAUUGUUUUUUCUUUCUUUUCUUUUUCUUUUUCUUUCUUUUUUUCUUUUUUAACCAAGGAUGCAUGACAUUUGUCAGGUUGGAGUGUAAGUUCUUCAUUUAGGAAACUCAGCUGUCGUGGAAGCAGUGUUCCUACUUGCACUAGCAUGGCCUCCAAUGUGACCAUGAUGUUGUUUGAUAACAUUGCUUCUGCUAAAUUCAAUGAUAAUAAAACAAACCUUCAGAAAACCACCAUUUUGAGCAUCAGGAUUUCAUCUGAGUAUGGAGUCCCUGCAAUGGAAUUCACUAAUGUUUGGAGUAUGCACUCAAUUUCCAAAUUGAGAUUCAAUUACUGUUUGGCUGACGUGACUUUUCUGGAAGACGUGAUAGACCUACUACUUAAUUGUUCCUUUCUUUUUCUCACCCAACAUGAUCUUAUGAGGUGGGCUUCACCCCCCAGGCCAAUGCAGCUAAUUUUGAUAGCUGCGUUCAUAUAUCACCAGCAUAUUGUGUUCUGAGUGAAUCCACUGUCUGUCCUGUCGGAUGCUUGCUCAAGUUUUUGGCUUCUUAUUUCUAAGUAGAUAGAAAGCAAUAAAAAUACUAUGAAAUAAAAGAACUUUGUUCACAGGCUCUGCGUUACAAUAGUAACACAUCUUUAAUCUGCCUAUUUCUUGUUGUUCUGUAGGUUAAAUGCAGGUAUUUUAACUCUUUGUGAACGCCAAACUGAAGUUUACAGUCUUUCUUUCUGAAUUUUGAGUAUCUUCUGUUGUAGAAUAAAUAAUAAAAAGACUAUUAAGAGCAAUAAAUUAUUUUUAAGAAAUCAAUAUUUAGUAAUCCUAUUAUGUGUUUAAGGACCAGAUGCAUUCUCUAUUUUGCCUUUAAAUUUUUGUGAUCCAACUUUAAAUACAUUCUCUUUUUUGCUCUGGAUUGUGGACAUGAGUGAAAUACUGGGUUUCUUUUCUUACUUAUCAAUAGACAAAACUACAGAUUUCACAUUGAGGAUUCAUUUAUCUCCCCCACCCCAGCCUGACAAAUAUUGUUACCAUGAAGAUAGUUUUCCUCCAUGGACUUCAAGUUGCAUUUACAAUUAGUGAAGCUUUUGUAUCUUAUGCAGACACUGUGGGUAGCCCAUCAAAAUAUAAGCUGUGUUCCUUUUUUCUUUUUCUAUUUUUUUUGGAGAAAAUAUUUCCAACAAACACAUGCACCCCACCAUCAUGGGAGGCAAUUUCAGCAUAGAUCUUUAGGACUUUUAGAUGACCAUGGGCCAUUGCCUUCAUGCUGUGGUAAGUACCACAUCUACAAUUUUGGUAACCGAACUGGUGCUUUAGAAAUGUGGGUGUCUUUAUUUUUAAAGAGAUGUAGCAGAAAAAUUCUUCCAGUGCAACAAAAUCAAUUUUUGCUAAAGGACUUCGAGAACAACGGUUGGGCUGUCAACAUUAAAAGCAGCACAGAGGAAACCUUGCACUAUUUGGGUAUGAUGUUUGGGUCGGUUGAAAAAAAGGAAACCUUUCAUGCCUUUAGAUGUGAGCUUACAGUAGGUAAAGAUUAUGUGUCCUUUUUUUUGAUGGCUGUAACGAGAACUUCAAUCACUGUAGUCUAAGAUCUGAUCUAUAGAUGACCUAGAAUAGCCAUGUAAUAUAAUGUGAUGAUUCUAAAUUUGUACCUAUGUGACAGACAUUUUCAAUAAUGUGAACUGCUGAUUUGAUGGAGCUACUUUAAGAUUUGUAGGUGAAAGUGUAACACUGUUGGUUGAACUAUGCUGACGAGGGAAAGUGAGCGAUUAGUUGAGCCCUUGCUGGGCUCAUUUCCACCUGCCAAUUCUACAUGUAUCAUUGUGGUUUUAUUCAUUGUAUGAAAAUUUCUGUGAUUUUUUUUAAUGUGCAGUACACAUCGGCCUCACUGAGCUAAUAAAGGGAAACGAAUGUUUCAAAUCUA